AUGGCGAACUUGGACUUGUCAAAGAUCAUCAAGCCAUGGAAGCUGGACGCCCAGCCGACAUACGUCUUCACAAACGCGAAGCUAGUCGACCCUCUUCAAGCCCAUGUCACCGAGAAUGUCACCAUCAAGACCUCCGGAGGCAAAAUCGUAUCUGUCUCAAGCGCACCUCCUAGCAUCACCGGCGAUGAAAUUACCAUUGAUCUCAAGGGGAAAUAUGUCUGCCCUGGGCUCAUCGACUGCCACGUCCACAUCGCCGUUGUCCCCGGCGAGGCCAAUCUGAGCUCUUACAACGCCAUGACCGAGAGAGUCAGUCUCCUCCGCCAGCCAUGGGUCCUCAAGCCGAUGCUUGAGCGAGGAUUCACGUCAGUUCGUGAUUGCGGUGGCGCGAGCUUGGCUAUGAAGGAAGCCGUGGAAGAUGGCGUCUGCAUUGGCCCUCGGCUGUUUAUCGCCGGAUACGCCCUUUCUCAGACUGGCGGACAUGGCGAUAUGCGCUCUUCGCAUGAUCAGAGUCCAUGUUCUUGCGGUGCUGUCUCGGGAAUUAGUCGUAUCAUUGACGGGACGUCUGAGUGCUUCAGGGUGGCUCGCGAUGAGUUGCGUCAAGGGGCUGAUUUCAUCAAGAUCAUGGGCGGCGGUGGCAUAGCCAGUGCUACAGACAAGAUUGAGAAUCUCCAGUUCUCGGAUGAGGAGAUCAAAGCGAUUGUGACGGCAGCAAAGAACAAUGGGACGUAUGUCACCAGCCACAGCUACACACCCCAGGCGAUCCAACAAGCGAUUCGACAAGGCGUCAGAGGCAUUGAGCAUGGCAACCUCCUUGACGCAGAAACAGCCAAGUUGAUGGCCGAAACGGGCACUUUUCUCACCCCGACAUUGAUCACACAUGUCAUGUCGAAGCAACUCAAUUUCCUGCCCCCAGCCUCGGCAGCAAAGAACGAAAGCGUCCUCCAGAAAGGCCUCGAAGCCAUCAAAAUUGCUACCGAAGCCGGCGUCACGAUCUGCUUCGGCACGGAUCUCCUCGGACCGCUGCAUUUUGCCCAGAGCAAGGAGUUUUCUGUGCGCAGUCAGGUGCAGAAGCCGGCGGAGAUACUUCGUAGUGCGACUGUCAACGUGGCCAAGUUGUUGAUGAGGGAGGACGAGCUGGGGCAGGUUAAAGAGGGGUUUCUGGCUGACUUCAUUGUCCUGGAUAAGGAUCCUUUGGAGGACAUUACGAUUCUGGAUCGUGCUGAGGAGAAUGUCCUGGCUGUGGUCAAGGAUGGAAGGGUGGUGUCUUCUAGAUGGGCUGAUAUCAAGGUGGAUGUCCAGAGUAGGCCAUAA